UCCGAGUAAAACAGAAGGUUAGAGGAGGAGUUCAUCAUCAAGGUCCAAACGAGAUCGGAGUCUUGGGAGUUUCAGGGAUUGUGAAGAUGAUAAAGGCAGUGAUGAUGAUGAACACACAAGGCAAGCCACGCCUAGCCAAAUUCUACGACUUCUUGCCUGUAGAGAAGCAACAAGAGCUCAUCCGCAGCGUGUUUUCAGUGUUGAGCAGCAGACCUGAGAACGUAAGCAACUUUCUGGAGAUUGAUUCAUUGUUUGGUCCGGAUUCACGGCUUGUGUACAAACACUAUGCUACACUCUACUUUGUGCUUGUAUUUGAUGGAUCAGAAAAUGAGCUUGCUAUGCUUGAUCUCAUUCAAGUUCUUGUUGAAACACUGGACAAAUGCUUCAGCAAUGUUUGUGAACUCGACAUUGUCUUCAACUACAGCAAGAUGCACACAGUUUUAGAUGAGAUUGUGUUUGGAGGACAGGUACUGGAAACUAGGUCCGAUGAAAUCAUGAAGGCUGUUGAAGAAAUAUCAAAAUUAGAGGCUGCCUCAAACUCGAUUUCACUUGUUCCCAAGUCUGUUUCCGGGUGGCGAGGAGGCCGAUAGCUUCAAAACUUGCCUGAACCGUGACAGAGAACAAUUCAGAUUCCAGACUAUGUUAAAAAUGUUUUUUUUUUCAGGUCUUGAAAAAUACUUGAUCACACUUUGUAACUCGUUUCAUCUUUUUAGUGUUUUUGUUUAUAUGACAUUGUUUUCUCCUCUCGACUCUUGCCCUGCGAGUCCGAGCGUUUAAUGUUUGCUUGAAAAUGAGAGUCAAUGCACCAACGUAAGUGAGUUUCUUCCGUUUAGCGGAUCUGCUUUUCCCUUGGGGAUUUUGGUGUGUUUUAUUUUGUUUCAAAUCCAUAUCUAUAUUUCGCUAUGGCGACAAGAACUUCGUUAGGCGAUCUCUUUUUGGUGUGUUAUGUUUUUACCCAAACUAGUUCUGCUUUUCACUCAUUAUCUUCUCCGAUUUGGGUUAAAACUAUAUAAAGUUUAUAUAUCUUGCUUUCCAAUCUGUACUUAACUUUAUCCCGAUGAAUAUUGGGUUUAGUUGCUUUUUUCAUCGCUCACUCUGAUUUCUUAAUAGGAGAAUCAGUCUUCGCUAAUAUUUCAGGCGUUAAGUGCAAAGUGAUGCGUCUCUGAGAGAAAGAAGGAAGAGUUAAUGGAGUCUCUAAAUCGUGAUAGAAGAAGAUUCAGAAGAGCAGGCGCUAUCAUAGGCGGUCUGGCAAAGGAUUUUUCUUCUGCUUGUUUUAAGCCUCCAUAUACUUAAUUCCGGUGAAUUAAGGUUUUAAAUUUGGUAUCGGAUUACCCAUUAUUGAGCAUCUUUGUUCGAGUGGAAUAUGACGGAGGAGAGAUAGAUUUUGAGAGAUGACAUCGGAGAUCUACGGAGGCGACGAUCUACACUGUGGCCUAGCUUCUGAUCUACGCAUGAUGGAAGCGUGUCCAUGUGAUGUGGCUCCAGAAGGAUCGACAAGAGCAUCAUUAACUUAAUGAUAUGCAACUCUCAUCUCUUAGUGUUAAUUGAAUUUCUCUUAGUGUUAAUUGAAUUAAAAAAAAAAAAAUCAAAGCAUGGGUUCUGGUUUGUUUCUACUCUUUGUUUGCUAGCUCUGUCUUAUGUUAUCUUUAUUGUGUUUGGUGUUUAGUUAUGAAGCGUGUGCUUUUAGAAAAAAACAAGUGUGUGUUUUUAAUGACUUUGUUUUGUGAUUACUCUGCUUGAAUAUGUUUCUGGGAAAAUCUUUGUUAGGUAGUAGAAGUGCAAGAGGGUAUGAGUUUGGAAGGACUUAUGUUGUGAGGCCUAAAGGAAAGCACCAAGCUACUAUUGUUUUGGUUGCACGGUCUUGGAGACAAUGGCUCAAGCUCGUCUCAGCUCUUGGAGAGCCUGCCUCUUCCAAACGUAAGGAUCCAUAACCACAAACAUUUGGAAGUAAUUUUCUGUAUCACUGAACUCUCAUUGAAUGGUUUAUGAUAAACAUAUAUGCUAAUGUACAAAAAAAUUGAUUUGUCCAA